GAGAUUUCAAAUGUCCGUGCAUACGCAUAUCGAAUCUAUUACACGAUAUUCUUUUUCAUCGUCGCUGUAAAAGAUCCCAUAUUAUCAGCGUAAGGUAGGGUUUCCAUAUUUGUAGUAACCUAUUAUGCUGAAUAACUUUCUGCCUCGCUAAGAUAAGGAAUAUGUGAAAAACGGCAAUAAACAUACGCACCUGUCUGGUUGGUUGCCGUAGCGAACUCGACCGUUAUCGAUCUAACGAAAGCCCGGUUGGAAUACAAACAAACCUGUUAUGUUGUCAACAACGUAAACAAUAAUGUCCGACGGGACGUUUCUGGUGUCAAUCACGGGCCAAAUUGAAUAUCUGGAUGUCUUAGCACCGUCGGGCACUUCGUACCAUUGCAAAUACGAAUUUUACUCAGGACCGGACUGGAAAAUAAUUGGCGGGUUGGAAGCGGGCUUGACCCAGAUGGCUUAUGCAGCCACCAACGGCGACAAGAUCGUGCUUAAUUUUCCUGUCGAGGUGCAGUUUAAAACCACCAACCCGUACGGAUGGCCUCAAAUAGUGCUAAGUGUUUACAACGGGUUGCGCUUGGAAGGGUACGGCAGGGCCCACGUUCCUCUGAAGCCGGGCACACACGAAUUGCGGGUUCAUCUUUCGAAACCGCUUGCCUCUUCGUUGUUAGGUUAUCUGAGCUCGUUCUUUGGGUAUCAGCCGGAGUUGCGACAACCCACUAUGCUCGCGUCUACGGCCGGCAAUCAUCUAAUUAGAAUGGAAACGUCGGGAUAUGCUUACAUCACUAUAAAUUUGGUGUCGCAAGGAUUUCAACGAAUGGGCUACGAUUUUGGAAGAAGUUGAUUGUUCUAGCGAGAAUGAUACAAUUAUUAUUUAGAUACAAAAAUAUAUAUAUUUUAAUAGCCUUG